AUGCCCAGCAAAAACUGCGCAAAAAAUCUACAUGCCUGCCAAUGGGAGAGAGAUAUAGCCUUGGUCUUUCUUCUCUUGAUAGUGCUUUUCAACAUCGGACAGGUGGUGUACGCGUAUCGUGCAAAAUUUCUAAGAAUUGUUCGCCGUGAGGUGAAUAAUCGUAUUCCAGAGGACGAUGAGGACCCAAUCCUUGGAAUCAGAGACUAA